GCCGCCCUCCGCCGCUUUCCCGGCAGCCUCCGCGCCCGCGGCGGCCCGGCCGCGUCGCAAGAUGGCGGCGGACAGCGAACCCGAGUCGGAGGUGUUUGAGAUCACGGACUUCACCACCGCCUCCGAGUGGGAGAGAUUUAUUUCAAAAGUAGAAGAAGUAUUGAAUGACUGGAAACUUAUUGGGGUUUCUUCAGGCAAACCUCUAGAAAAGGGUAUAUACACCACAGGGACAUGGGAAGAGAAAUCAGAUGAAAUUUCAUUUGCGGACUUCAAAUUCUCAGUUACCCACCAUUAUCUUGUACAAGAACCCAGUGACAAAGAUGGGAAAGAAGAGCUGGCAGAAGAUGCCCUUCCGCUGCCAAUGCAGGACUUGCUGUGCAUGAACAACGACUUCCCCCCUCGAGCUCACUGCCUGGUGAGAUGGUAUGGCUUACGGGAGUUUGUGGUGAUUGCUCCUGCUGCAAAUAAUGAGGCCGUUGUGAGUGAAUCCAAGUGUAACCUUUUGCUGAGUUCCAUUUCCAUUGCGUUGGGGAACACUGGCUGUCAGGUACCACUGUUCGUGCAGAUACACCAGAAGUGGCGCCGGAUGUACGUUGGGGAAUGUCAGGGCCCGGGAGUCCGGACUGACUUCGAAAUGGUCCAUCUGCGCAAGGUGCCCAGCCAGUACACUCACUUAUCAGGGCUGCUGGAGAUCUUCAAAACCAAGAUUGGGUGCCCUCUAACACCACUGCCUCCCGUUAGCAUGGCUAUCCGGCUGACCUACGUGCUCCAGGACUGGCAGCAGUACUUCUGGCCUCAGCAGCCACCAGAUAUAGAUGCCCUAGUUGGGGGAGAAGUUGGAGGCCUUGAAUUUGGGAAGUUACCAUUUGGUGCCUGUGAGGAUCCUAUUAGUGAACUCCAUUUAGCUACUACCUGGCCCCACCUGGCAGAGGGCAUAAUUGUGGACAAUGAUGUGUAUUCGGACCUGGAUCCUAUGCAAGCCCCGCAAUGGUCUGUGAGAGUCAGAAAAGCAGAUAACCCUCAGUGUCUACUGGGUGACUUCCUUACCGAAUUCUUCAAGCUCUGCCGUCGGAAGGAGUCGACUGAUGAGAUCCUUGGGAGAUCUGCGUUUGAAGAGGAAGGAAAAGAGGUUGCUGACAUUACCCAUGCCUUGUCCAAGCUCACAGAGCCAGCACCAGUCCCAAUCCAUAAACUAUCAGUCACAAAUAUGGUUCACAGUGCAAGGAAAAAAAUCCGCAAGCACAGAGGUGUGGACGAGUCGCCUUUAAACAAUGACGUGCUGAACACCAUUCUACUGUUCUUGUUUCCUGAUGCUGCUGACAAACUUGCAGAUGGAUUUGAAAGCAGAGCCAACACUUCAGCAGGAAACAAUCCUCCUCCAGAGAAUGAAGAUUAUAAUCUCUUCAGUCAGUUUAAAUCUGCUCCCUCUGACAGUCUGACCUACAAAUUAGCUUUGUGUCUUUGUAUGAUAAACUUCUACCAUGGAGGAGUAAAAGGGGUGGCACAUCUUUGGCAAGAGUUUGUGUUGGAAAUGCGCUACAGAUGGGAGAACAACUACCUCAUUCCAGGAUUAGCUAAUGGCUCUCCAGAUCUGAGAUGUUGUUUACUGCAUCAGAAACUCCAGAUGUUAAAUUGUUGCAUUGAAAGGAAGAAAGCAAGAGAUGAGGGGAAAAGGGGGAGCGUGUCUGAUCGUUCACCUGGGGCUUCUGGUGAUGGUGCAAAAGGAGCAGAGCACUCUGCAGAUAACCCUGAUAAGGAAAAGGAAUUUGGCAAGUCUUGGGAAUCAUGGAGUGACAGUGAAGAUGAAUUUUUUGAAUGUCUGAGUGACACAGAAGACCUCAAAGGAAAUGGACAGGAAAAUGGAAAGAAAGGAGGAGCAAAAGAAGGCAACAAAGAGCCUGUGAACUUAAAACCAGAAGGUCGUCUGCAUCCACACGGGAAGCUGAUGCUGCUGCAUCCUGGAGAGCCUCUCUACGUUCCAAUAACACAGGAACCAGCACCCAUGACUGAGGAUUUGCUGGAGGAGCAGUCUGAGGUGCUGGCAAAGCUGGGAACCUCAGCAGAAGGUGCUCACCUCCGGGCACGGAUGCAGAGUGCCUGUCUGCUCUCAGACAUGGAGUCUUUUAAGGCAGCGAAUCCCGGCUGUUGCCUGGAGGACUUUGUGAGGUGGUACUCCCCUCGGGAUUACAUUGAGGAGGAGGUGGUGGAUGAGAAGGGGAAUAAAAUCAUCAAGGGCGAGCUGAGCGCCCGGAUGAAGAUUCCCAGCAACAUGUGGGUGGAGGCCUGGGAGACUGCAAAGCCCAUCCCAGCACGGAGGCAGAAGAGACUCUUCGAUGACACCAGGGAGGCAGAGAAGGUGCUUCAUUACCUUGCAGUUCAGAAACCAGCUGACCUUGCAAGGCACCUCCUGCCUUGCAUCAUCCAUGCAGCUGUACUCAAGGUAAAGGAUGAAGAAGCACUAGAAGAUAUCUCUUCAGUCAAGAAGAUAAUCAAGCAGAUAAUAUCUCAUUCCAGCAAAGUACUACGGUUCCCCAAUCCAGAGGACAAGAAGUUGGAAGAGAUCAUCGCUCAGAUUAUGAGUGUGGAAGCGAUCAUUGCCAGGGCAAGGUCUCUGAAAGCAAAAUUUGGUGUAGAGAAGUGUGAAAAUGAGGAGGAGAAAGAAGAUCUACAAAGAUUUGUAAACUGUCUCCUGGAGCAGCCAGAGGUGUCAGUUGUGGGUGCAGGAAGAGGACCUGCUGGCAGCAUCAUUCACAAGCUGUUUGUGAAUGCUCAGAGGCUGACUGAAUCUUCUGAUGAGGUUUCGGCGGUGCCGCCGCUGGAGGAGGAGCUGCGGCGCUCGGGCUGUGCGGAGGAGCGCAGGCAGGGGGUGCAGUCGGAGUUCCCUCCGCCCACGGGCCGGGAGGUGAUCCUGCGCUCGGCCGUGCCCCGGCCCGCGCCCUACUCCAAGGCGCUGCCGCAGCGCAUGUACAGCGUCCUCACCAGGGAGGAUUUCCGCCUGGCGGGGGCCUUCUCCGCCGACACCACCUUCUUCUGAGCCACCGGCCCCCACCAUCUUCCGUGUCCUCACAGCAGCGCGGGGCUCACGUCCCGCGGGAAGGGAAUGGAU